CCUCUUUACCUCAGAAAGUAGUGUAACGCACCAGCUGAACUCUCAGAGAUGACUGAACACAUUUUAAAGAUGUGGUUUUGAGUGUGAAUCAACUUUUUUAAUGGUCUAUGGAAACUUCAGAGAAGAUGUUUAACUGGGAUGAGGAGUGGAACAUCUCUUUUGCAGGCUGUGGAUUCAGGAGUGUUUACUACCUGGGAGCUUUGAGCUGUAUCUUUGAGCAGGUCCCACAGUUGGUUCAAGGAGCCUCCAAAAUCUGUGGAGCUUCAUCUGGUUGUCUCGUAGCUGCAGCGUUGACAGUGGGGAUUCCCAUCGAACAAAUCUGUGCUGAUGUUUUAACCAUUGCGAUAGAGGCCAGAAAACACACUCUGGGAGUUUUCCACCCGACUUUCAGUCUGCUGCGGAGUGUACGGGACAAUCUGCUGGAGAAGCUUCCACAAGACGCCCACCUCCGAGCCUCCGGAAAGCUCUGUGUGUCCCUCACCAGAAUCACAGAUGGGAAAAAUGUGUUGGUGUCCGAGUUUGAGAGCAGAGAGGAGCUCAUUCAGGUGUUGCUGUGCAGCUGCUUUUUCCCUGUUUACUGCGGAUUCAUCCCACCUUCAUACCGCGGAGUGCGCUACAUGGACGGAGCUCUGAGCAACAACAUGCCUCUGUUAGAGCAGAGAAACACCAUCACCAUGGCCCCGUUCUCUGGCGAGAGCGACAUCUGCCCCAGAGAGGGUACCUUCAACUUCUUCGAGGUGCACUACGGCGACGUCAGCAUCCAGGUCAACACGGGGAAUGUGCACCGGGUCUGCACGUCCUUCCUCCCACCCAGAAUUGAAAAACUGGCUGAGAUUUGCCACAAUGGCUACAUGGAUGCUCUCCGUUUCCUGAGAGAAAGAGAUCUGCUUGGAACACAGUGUCUUCCUCCCAGUUUGGUGGCGGAGACGGACACAGUGAAGCCUGCUUGUUGUGGGCUGGCGAAGGCAAAGAUGAUGUUGAAUGGACUGAACUCUCCUCAGGAAGAAGAGCAUCGGUGGCUGGACCUGAAAGUCAUAGAGAACCUGCCAGAGAGCUUCAAGAAAGUGCUGUGUGAGGCGUGCAGGGACAGUCAUGCUGGUGAUGGUCGGUGGUCUCAUCGCACCGAGUUCCUUCCAGUCAAAGCUGUUUUGUAUCUGCUGACCCUCCUCACUUUGCCCCUGGAGCUCACCUUCUCACUCACAAAAAGCAUGAUAUUAUCAGGCUGCACAGUGACUUUCAGGCUGCUGAUGCUGACCGCGGAUCUCUUCAGACAGGCUACCAGCAGUUUAUCUACAGAGCAGCACCACAGCAGCGUCUCCCCUGGUUCAGACCUCAGAGACAACAACCAAAACUUUAAAUCGUUGACCUCAACACUCACCUCGAACUCCAAAAGUCUCCAUUUGGAUGAUAACAGUAACCUGGACCUCCUCUCGCUCACCUCGACCUGUUCGAAACUCCUCACUAACACAUCUACCUCUGGACAAACUGACUUAAACCACAGAUGGAAACAGGCACAUCGGUCAUAA